AAAAGUUUCGGGAGGUUUACGGAGACACACAGCAGCCGUGGCCGAGCUGCGAGGGAUAAUACGGGAUUGGGACUUUACGCUACACUUUCCGGCUGUCUGUUUUUUGACUGGAGUUUUGUCAUAAACAAACUUUAUGAAAGUUUCCCCAUCGAUCUUGGAACUUUUGUCUUUAUCCGAACUUCUAAAGGAUGUAUUUCUGCUAAUAACAUCUUGAAGCGCUGGAAAGUUUUCCACCGAAAUGGAAGGGAAUAUUCCAUGGAUAAUCUUUUCAUUUUUAUUGUUUAUUCAUAAUUGUGAAGGAUUCCGUUGCGUGGAUAAAUACAGACCUUGUGAAAAUGGAGGAACAUGCAUAGAUUCAUCAUCCCGAUGCAUAUGCCGACCAGGUUACAUUGGUCCUCUCUGUCAGCACCUGGAUCCCUGUCAUCGGUCUCCAUGUCUGAAUGGAGCAGCAUGCAAGAGCCAGGUGGUCAGUGGCAUCCCACAAUACACCUGUGUGUGCCAGAGAGGAUUCCGAGGCCAAGACUGCUCACUCAUUGAUGCCUGUGCCACAAGUCCUUGUGCCAAUGGUGCCCGCUGUGCCAAUUGGAACAACCACUACAACUGCUCCUGCCCACCUGGCUUCCAGGGAAAGAACUGCCGCAAUGACAUUGAUGAGUGCCGCAAGCCUGGCGUGUGCCUCAACGGCGGUCUUUGCAUGAACACCCAUGGGUCCUUCCGCUGCCAGUGCCAACCUGGGUACAGUGGGCGCACCUGCGAGGUGUCCACCCUGCCAUGUGCCCCGUCCCAGUGCCUUAACGGGGGCACCUGUCGACAGACCAGUGACCACUCCUACGAGUGUGCUUGUCUGCCAGGGUUUGAGGGACACAAUUGUGAGAAUAAUGUGGAUGACUGUCCAGGCCACAAGUGCAUGAAUGGAGGGAUAUGUGUGGAUGGAGUAAACACAUACAACUGCCAGUGCCCUCCAGAGUGGACAGGGCAAUACUGUGCUGAGGAUGUCAACGAAUGUCUCAUGCAACCAAAUGCCUGCCAUAACGGUGGCACCUGCUUCAACACCAUCGGUGGCCACACCUGCGUCUGUGUGAAUGGUUGGACUGGAGACGACUGCAGCGAGAACAUUGACGACUGUGCUAUCGCUGUGUGCUUCAACGGUGCAACCUGCCAUGACCGUGUAGCAUCCUUCUUCUGCGAAUGCCCCGUUGGAAAGACUGGUCUGCUGUGCCACCUUGAUGAUGCAUGUGUGAGCAACCCCUGCAAUGAGGGGGCUGUAUGUGACACCAACCCGCUCAAUGGCCGCGCCAUUUGCACCUGUCCUGCUGGCUUUGUAGGCGGAGCUUGCAACCAGGAUAUGGAUGAAUGUUCAAUCGGUGCCAACCCAUGUGAACACUUUGGGAAGUGUGUGAACACGGAGGGUUCCUUCCAGUGUCAGUGUGGCCGUGGAUAUGCUGGGCCUCGUUGUGAGAUCGACAUCAAUGAAUGCCUGUCUAUGCCCUGCCAGAACGAUGCCACCUGCCUCGACCGCAUUGGAGAGUUCACCUGCAUCUGCAUGCCAGGCUACAUGGGGACUUAUUGUGAAGUUGAUGUGGAUGACUGUGAGAGCAACCCAUGCGUGAAUGAUGGCAUCUGCCGGGACAUGGUCAACGGCUUCACAUGCACCUGCCAGCCAGGGUUUACUGGCACCAUGUGUCAGAUCGACAUAGAUGAGUGCGCCAGCACACCCUGCCAGAACGGAGCAAAAUGCUAUGACCGGCCCAAUGGGUACGAGUGCCGCUGUGCUGAAGGUUAUGAAGGUACUCUCUGUGAGAGUAACAUCAACAACUGCCAGCCCGAUCCAUGCCACCAUGGCACUUGUGUAGAUGGUAUUGCCAGCUACACCUGUAACUGUGAUCCUGGCUACACUGGCUAUCGCUGUGAGAACCAGCUCAAUGAGUGCCACAGCAAUCCCUGCCAGAAUGGAGGAAAGUGUGUGGAUCUGGUGAACAAGUACAUCUGCCAGUGCCAACAUGGCACAUCAGGCACCAACUGUGAGAUAAACUUUGAUGACUGUGCCAGUAACCCAUGUGACUAUGGCAUCUGUAAAGAUGGCAUCAAUCGCUAUGAUUGCGUUUGCAAACCUGGCUUUACUGGUCUCAAGUGUAAUGUGGAGAUAGAUGAGUGUGCAUCAAGCCCCUGUCGGAAUGGAGGGACAUGCGUGGAUGAGGAGAAUGGAUUCCACUGCCAGUGUCCUGAGGGCUUUAAGCCCCCAUACUGUUAUUCCCAGGUGGAUGAGUGCGGCAGCAGUCCUUGUGUCCAUGGCUCAUGCAGGGAUGACAUUAAUGGGUACCGCUGUGACUGUGAACCUGGGUGGGUGGGCAAGAACUGCGACCUGGACAGAAAUGACUGUUUGCCCAGUCCCUGCCAGAACGCUGGAACGUGCAUCGACCAGCUCAAUGGCUUCACCUGCAAGUGUCGCCAGGGCUUCAGAGGUAAUCUCUGCCAGGUGAACAUCAAUGAGUGUGCGUCCAGCCCAUGUCUUAACAAGGGCACCUGUGUGGAUGGUGUGGCCAGUUUCACCUGUAUGUGUGAGCUUCCUUACAGUGGACCCACAUGUGCUGAGGUCCUCACGCCCUGCUCCCCUAACCCCUGUGCUAACCAUGCUGUCUGCACCCACACACCAGACUACUUGGGCUACCAGUGUAACUGCCAGCCAGGGUGGCAAGGUCAGUUGUGUAACAUUGAUGUGAAUGAAUGCAUCUCCAACCCCUGUAAGAACCGCGGGACCUGCACCAACACACUUGGAGGCUUUGUGUGUUCCUGUAGAGCUGGAUACACUGGGCUGACCUGUGAGACGGACAUUAAUGACUGCACCCCAAACCCAUGCCUGAGUGGAGGCUCCUGUACAGAUGGUGUGAACUCUUUCCACUGUAGCUGCCUGCCAGGCUUCACUGGGCCCCGCUGUGCUAUAGAGAUCAACGAAUGCCAGAGUUCCCCCUGCAAGAAUGGUGGCACCUGUACAGACUAUGUUAACUCCUACACCUGCACCUGUAGACCUGGUUUUACUGGCAUCCACUGUGAAACCAACAUCCCUGACUGCACUGAAAGCUCCUGCUUUAAUGGAGGGACAUGCACAGAUAAAAUCAAUGGCUAUUCCUGCACUUGUCGCCCCGGCUUCACUGGCUCCCACUGUCAGUAUGAGGUCAAUGAGUGUGACUCCCAGCCUUGCCUCAACGGAGGUUUCUGUCAAGAUGCACUGGGGUUAUUCCGCUGCUCCUGCCCCAAGGGCUACACUGGCACCCGUUGCCAGACGCCAAUGGACUGGUGCAGACGCUCUUCACCCUGCCAAAAUGGAGGGCGCUGUCGUCAGAAGGAUGCUUCCUUCACUUGUGAAUGUCCUGGCGGCUGGUCUGGCCGCUACUGUGACAUUCCCAGGGUCUCCUGUGAGACGGCUGCUCGCCAGAGAGGUCUCCAGACAGAUGAGCUGUGUCACCAUGGUGGUCACUGUGUCAACACUGGGAACACACACUACUGUAAAUGUCCUGCUGAUUACACCGGGAGCUACUGUGAAAGCCAGGUGGACCACUGUGAAGACAAACCCUGUCGCAAUGGCGCCACUUGCAGGGGAUAUGUCGGAGGGUACCAGUGUGAUUGUAUGCCAGGCUAUACAGGAGAGAACUGCGAGAUGGAGAUCAACGAGUGCCAGUCUCACCCUUGCCAGAACGGAGGCACCUGCAUUGAUCUGGUGGGCCAUUACAUCUGCUCCUGCCCCCCUGGCACACUGGGUGUAUUGUGUGAGAUCAAUGAAGAUGACUGUGCUCCGCCCCUGAGGCUGCGCAGCGCUCCCCCUAAAUGCCUGAACAACGGUACCUGUGUGGAUAGAGUGGGUGGCUACCGGUGCAACUGUCCCCCUGGCUUCACUGGAGAGAGGUGCGAGGGAGACAUCAAUGAGUGUCUCUCCAGCCCCUGCAGUCCAGCCAACAGUCUUGACUGCAUCCAGUUGCCCAAUGACUACCAGUGUGUUUGCAAGCCUGGCUUCACAGGUCGGAGGUGUCAGAGCCGGUUCAGCGUGUGUGAGUCUCAGCCUUGUCAGAAUGGUGGAGCUUGUUCUGUGUCCAGUAGCUCAGCGCUGGGAUACACCUGCACCUGUCAACUGGGCUAUGCUGGGUCAAAUUGUGAAAGGAGCAUGUCAUGUCGGGAGUUGUCCUGUUAUAAUGGAGGCAGCUGUGCACUUACCACACGUGGUGCCCGCUGCACCUGCCUGCCAGGUUAUGCAGGUCCUCAGUGUCAGCACCGCAGUAAUGAAGGUUGUUCCUCCCAGCCCUGCCGCAAUGGAGGGCUGUGCAUCGAAGACAACAAUUUUCCAUUCUUCCACUGCCAGUGUCCCAGUGGCAGGACAGGGAAACGCUGCGAGCAGGGCAGCGGACAGCUCACAGAGCCCCCUCCACCUUCCUGCCCUCUGGCAGACUGCCACGGCAAAGCCAACGAUGGCGUGUGCGACAAGGAAUGCAACACUUUCCCCUGCCGCUGGGAUGGCGGUGACUGCUCUUUGGCAGUAAACCCCUGGGCUCGUUGCACAGACCCCCGCUGCUGGCGAGUCUUCAACAACAGCCAAUGUGAUGAGUCCUGCAAAAAUGCUGAUUGUCUCUAUGAUAACUUUGACUGCAGGAGCAAGGAAAAAGUUUGCAACCCUAUCUAUGAAACCUACUGUAUUGACCACUACGCUGAUGGACGCUGUGACCAGGGCUGCAACACAGAGGAGUGUGGCUGGGACGGCUUGGACUGCGCAGGGAAGGUUCCAGAAGACCUUGCAGAUGGUGUCCUGGUCCUAGUUGUCCUGCUGCCUCCAGAGGAGCUUCUCCGCACCAGCACGGCAUUCCUGCAGAAGUUAAGCGCCAUCCUGCGCACCACAUUGCGUUUUCGCCUGGACCAGAAUGGAGAAGCCAUGAUCCGACCCUACACCCGCCGAGAGGCACGCCUCAAACGAGAGCUCCAGCCUCAACAGGAAGUCAUCGGGUCCAUUGUGUACUUGGAAAUAGACAACCGUCUGUGCUCCCAGGGCUCUGAGGAGUGUUUCCCUACUGCCGAUAGUGCUGCAGACUACCUAGGAGCCCUGUCAGCUGUGGAGAUGCUCCGCUUCCCUUACCCCAUCAAAGAAGCCCGUGGUGAGAGGAUAAAUGGACCUGAAGUGUCUGAUUGGGGAAAGUUGAUGUUGGUGGGCAUAGCCUCCCUUUUACUAUUGGUCAUCCUGGUCGUGGGCAUGUUGAUUGCCCGUAGAAAGAGAGAACACAGCACCCUGUGGUUCCCUGAAGGCUUCUUCCUGAAGAAGGAACCUAGCAGCAACAAGAACCGCAGGGAACCUGUGGGCCAGGAUGCUUUGGGCAUGAAACACAUGCCAAAAACUGUGGAGGAAUCUCUUCUAGGAGACCAUAGUGAUCAGUGGAUGGACACAGAUUGCCCGGAGGCAAAAAGGCUGAAGGUUGAGGAGCCCAGUAUGCUUUCAGACAGUGAGGAUGCAGUGGACAGCAGGCAGUGGACACAGCAUCACCUUGCAGCUGCAGACAUUCGUGUGCCUCCUACCAUGGCCCUGACCCCACCUCAAGGAGAGUUUGAAAGUGACUGUAUGGAUGUCAAUGUCCGAGGCCCAGAUGGUUUUACUCCUCUGAUGCUGGCAUCAUUCUGUGGAGGUGGACUAGAGCCUGAGGUAGCAGAGGAGGAAGAAUCUGAGGAAUGCUCAGCCAACAUCAUCUCUGACCUCAUCUACCAGGGCGCCUCCCUGGCUGCUCAGACAGAUCGUACUGGAGAGACGGCACUCCAUUUAGCUGCUCGCUAUGCCCGCGCUGAUGCUGCCAAGAGGCUGCUGGAUGCCGGGGCAGAUGCUAAUGCUCAGGACAACACAGGACGGACUCCGUUACAUGCCGCAGUGGCUGCAGACGCACAGGGUGUUUUCCAGAUAUUGAUCCGCACUCGGGCUACAGAUCUGGACUCUCGAAUGUAUGAUGGCUCCACUGCGCUGAUCCUGGCCGCACGGUUGGCAGUGGAGGGAAUGGUGGAGGAGCUCAUCACUUGCCACGCUGAUGUGAAUGCAGUGGAUGAAUUGGGUAAAUCUGCCUUGCACUGGGCUGCUGCUGUAAAUAAUGUGGAUGCCACUGUUGCCCUGCUUAAGAACGGUGCAAAUAAGGAUAUGCAAGACCUCAAGGAAGAAACACCUCUCUUCCUUGCAGCCCGUGAGGGCAGCUGCGAGGCUGUCAAGGUGUUGCUGGCUCACUUUGCAAACAGAGAGAUCACAGACCAUAUGGACAGGUUGCCCAGAGACAUUGCUCAGGAGCGUAUGCACCACGAUAUUGUCCAGCUCCUAGAUGAAUACAACACAGUAAGGAGUCCCCAGGGCCACGGAGGGGCUGGACAUCAUCUUGCCGGGGGACACACACUGUCCCCUCUCAUGUGCCCGCCCAGUGCCUUCCUGCCCAGUCUGAAGAACACCCCCCAGAGCAAGAAGAACCGUCGGCCUGGGGCCAAGGGCUCUAGCCUGGGAGGCCAACAUGCUGCCAGUCUAAAGGAAUCAGUCAAGGCCCGCAAUAAGAAGCUGACCUUGGACAUGCAGAGCGCCCUACUGGAGAGCUCAGUCACCCUGUCCCCAGUCGACUCACUGGACUCCCCCCGAGGCGGAGCUAGCAAUGCUGGCUAUGUCACCAACCCCACAUCCCCUGUGGCCAUGCCCUCUCCAGGGCUUUUCCAUUCCUCCAUGUCUGUCCCAAGUACUCCCAUGGUACACAGCAGCAUGCUGGAGGGAGGGGGCCCCUUUGCUGUGUCUUUAGCCCAGCUCAAUGAUCUGGGAGAUGGAGGAAUGGCCUUGCAGGGACGUGUCUCCAUGGCUUCGGGAGUCAGUCAUGGCUAUGUGCUCAAUUCUGGCCAGAUGGGGCUUAACAUGGGCAUGGUCAGUCCGGUCAGUGUGCCCUUCGACUGGCACAACCGGAUGCCCCCCUCCUCCCAGUGCAGUCAGCAGGUAGUGAACCUGGCACAAAGUAGCCAGGCAGGCAUGCACCCCCAGAGCCCAGCCAUGCAGCAACAGAACAUGCUGAUGCACCAGCAGCAAAUGUACCGUAACCCCAUGCUGCAGCCCACACCCGUCACCUCUACACCCUCCAUCAGUCCCGUCAAGCUGCCCUCCAUCGCCGAACAGCAACAACAGCAGCAGCUCAUCAGCCACACCAUGACCAGUCAGCAGAGCAUGGCCCGCAUGGGCACCUCCACCCCACCCACACCCCAGACCUCACAACCACCACCAGCCUUCUUCCAGCAGCAGCAGCAGCAGGUGCCUCAGCAGCCCGCACAGCCCCAGCCUGCAGCACAGCCACCACAGGCUGCCACACCAGCAGCCCAGCCCGCUCAGGCCCCACCCUCCCAAGCGAGCAGCAGCACAGCAGGCCUGGAGGAUUACCCUACCCCUCCCUCCCAACAUAGCUACUCCUCUGCGCUAGAUGCCACCCCCAAGCAUUACCUCCAUCUGCCAAGUGAGCACCCCUACCUGACCCCCUCUCCAGAGUCGCCUGAGCCCUGGUCCAGCCCUUCCCCACACUGUGUGUCUGAUUGGUCAGACUCUACGCCCAGCCCAGCAGUUGCUGGCCCCACCCAGACCCAAAUCCCCCAUGUGCCAGAGGCCAACAAUAAGAUGCAAGUGUUUGCCUGAGGAUCCCAAGACCUCAGCUUGAAAAGGGACCUGGGGUAAAGAAUAUGUGGACUGGCUCUUGGGCCUGUCUGUGUUUUUAUGUGUCAGCCUGUUUCCAAGAUUUUCAUUGGAUUUGGAUUGACUGUGUUUUAUCAAGAGGACCAUCUGCUAGUGAUUUCUGCAGAGAAAGAGUAAAGGGAAAUGUGUGUUGUCUGUAAAAAGAGCAGACAAUUUAAUGAAGUAAGACUUAUUCUGUCACAGAUGGACUUGUUUUUUAUUAUUAAAAAAGUAUAUGAAGAAUACCAAGUCUUUCAUUUCAAAGACUUAGGGGAUACUCUCCUGAAAACUAACAAACAUUUUAAAAAAGUAGAUAAGAGAAAAAAUUAAAAUGUUGAAGGGAAUUCCUUUAUUUUUAUUUAUUGUUUUACGUUUCUCCAAACUGCCUUGUCAGGUGUUUUCUCCCUCUUUCUGUCCUGGCCUCUCACAUGAUGCCCCUCCUCACACCCCUUCACAUUUUACAUGGACCGCCUACAUUUCUACUUCACCAGCACGUGAUGGUACACAGAAGAGAUUUUAUUCCCUGUCCAUCCAUUGCGUUGCUGGUAGUUUACAUUGCUAAUGACAUUUCAGCUGAGUUAACAGACAGAAAGAGGAAGUCUCACCUCUCUUUAUUGAUAUUUAUUUAGGCCAACAACAGCUGGGAAAAAUUAUAAAGUGGUUCUGGCAUAUAUAUGUAUGCUUUACAUAUAUAGUAAACAGUAGUGAUAUAUUCUGAUUUGAUUUGAUUGAUUUGUGAUAAAUGAUUACAUUCCAUAGAAGUAUUAUCAAUAAGAAUGUAGAAGGGUGUCUCUGAAGCACUUCAAGGGGCAAGCCUUAAAGGGCAAUAGUGGGUCAGAUACAGUGCCACCAGAAAGUAUUUAAAAAUGUAAAAAAAAAAAAAAAAAAAUGUACCCUUUAUGUUUAAAUGUUUACAUUUUUAAUAAAUUUACAAAAAUGUCUGAAAACAUGUUUUCAGUUUGUCAUUAUGGGCUAUUUACUGUAGAUUUUUUAAAAGAACUAUCCUCAAAUCGGUUUUAGAAUAAGUCUGUAAUGUAACAAAAUGUGGAAAAACUGAAGGGGUGUGAAUACUUUCUGGUGACACUGUACAUCAUUUAACAACUAUGGACAUUUAUAAUACAUGGGGGCAUUCUAUCCAUGGUUGUUUACCCAGUGUUCAUUAAAAAAUGAGGACAGAAAAUGAUUAAAUGACUGUUUGAGUAACAGUCAGUGAUUGAUUACUGGUUGUCAUGCUCCCUUCCCCACCUCGAUGUUCCUUCUGCACUCUUUGUCUUGCUGACUCUACAUGAGUCUACCUCCAGUUCUAAUGCCAGCCUCAAAUAACUUCAAUGUUGGAGCUUAUUUUCAUUCACUUUAAGGAAUUAUUUAGAACUAUAAAAUCAGCUUGUCACUGCCCUUUUAUAGUCUUAUUUGAAUUUUUUUUUUUCACAUUUGUUUUAUACUCUGUAUAUUUUUUGAAACCAUGGAUACCUGUUUAACAUCACCUUUGAUGUGCUAAGCUAUGUUUACUGGCUGCUAUUAUAUGUCACCCUCCCGACCCCCACCUGCAACAUUCCUGCAUGCUGCCUGUCUUGGCAAGCUUGGCGCUGUGCUGUACUGUACUGCUGGCUGAAGUCCUCUCAACUCUCGUUUCAGCAGCAUCCACCUCAGAUCAGAGCAUGAUCAGAAGACUGACUGAUAGUUUUAUUCUUUGAGCCCUGGUCAUGUGCAUGACUGAACUAAAGGGAAACAUUCCUGAAGGAUCUGUGGUAGAUGAGGUCAUGUAGUUUCUCUCGCCUCAGUCUCAUCUCUGGUAGCGUGUGUAGUGUGUUAGUGGUCAGUAUGAGGGUGUGGCUGCUGGCCUGUGACUGCUUAUGCCCUGUCACUCCUUAGGGAGGUGUUUUAUGGCAUGCAGCGGGAUGGUUCCUCUGCAUCUAUAGUAGCUGCCAGCCCAGGAGCCACGGAGUUGGCAUCUUAAGAUGACUUGUGAGAAGACAUUGAAGGAGAGAACACUACUAUGUAGUGCUGCACCCUUUAACUUUUUUCAGUACUUCAGGAUGACUCUCCCAGUGAUCCAGCUAACCCUUGUGUAUUGUCUGACCAGUUCUUUUUCUGCAUGUGAACUGAGACAGUAGGAUAGGGCUCAUCCUUUCCUUAACAUGCCGUGGCCAUUUCACCAUAAACUCAUUUGAUAAUAGUAGAAUUUUAAGCAAGUAACUUCUGCAUUUGUAUCUUGCAGUGCGUGACAUUAUGAGCAGAAACAAAUAGUUCACCGCUUUGAGCUACUGCUCUUGUGGUGACUUAACAUCCCCCUGCUGGUAGUUGUAUCAUCAGACUCAGUACAUCUUUCAUUGAACCUGUUCGCUAUAGACUCAGCUACUGUUCUGUUAGAGUCGAGUUGUUCAGAGGUUACCACAACAGAAACUUCUUUUUUUUUUUUCAUCUGGUCUUUUCAGUUCUCUCCAACGCCGCUCUACUAAAUGUUUUAUACAUUUCAAGUUCCCAACUUCUGCCUGUAAAUAUUUUGUCCUGGGUUAGAUCUAUUUGUUUGAGAAGUCUUAUGUUUCUAAAAUGAUUGUCAUGUACUAAAAAGGACAAAAAUAAAAUGUACUUCCUUUUAGCAUUA